GUAGUUCACAUAGAUACAAAUAUCCCAACUCAACUUGCGGUUCCCAUUCUGCAGGCAGUGGCAAGGCAACGCCGAGUGUGCAUCAGCUUCUGCUUGUGCCCUGCGCAAUCAAGUAAUCGUUUCACUACUCUAUAAUUAAUCAACAAAUCGCGCCAAUUCGAGUGCCAGCCUGCUGAAUCCCAAAGAUUUGGAGAGUGGACAGGGGGGUUACCGAGCUUAAAUGAAGAGGACUUAACAAGUGCAUGUAUGGAGUCUCUCUCGGUAUUCUUGCUUUUUUCUAACUGCAUGGGCUCGACAAAGAUUGGAAAAGAUAUGAAUGAAUGCAUACAGUCCAACAAAAUGCUACUGCUUAAUAAUAAUGAACAGCAUUGUAGCUUAAUUGAUCAAGAUUACAUCGAACGGUUUAAGCAGUUUCAGAUUUACGUCAGCCAGGUGAAGAAAAUUACAAGGCCAGGUUGCUCGCCGGAAAUGCUGGAUAUGGCUUUGACCUCAAUAUCGUCGCUUUUUGAGACAUUGUCUGCAAUAUCUUCCAAACCGGCGAUAUUGCAUGCCUCGCUUUAAAACCUCCGGGACAUGUGUGCAAUUGCCCUUAUACAAUCCCCUGUGUACGAGCCCUUGAGAAAUUUGAAGGUAUGAUUCUGUGGGAGAUUAACUGAACACAAAUCAUGCAAAUGGAGAGGUUUGUUGUUCAAUUAAUCUUAUCAAGUAUUUGAGUUUAAGUUAUGGAUAUAUUUUUUUGAAUGAAUUUUAUUAAAAUAUGCAGGUAAAAUUCCACUCAAAUUGAAUUUCUAGGUAAAUAAUAUGUAAAUGUGGUGUUGGUUGUGCUAUAUGAGAUGUCUUAUGCUUAAUAUGGCUGAAUCUUUUCCAUAAAAUAAUCUUAGUUUGGUAAUAACUCCCUUCAUUUUUCAAAACCAUCUGUUAGCAUUAAAAAUUGUAAUGAUUUGAUAUAUAUACAUAUGCAUGUGCUAUAUGAUUAUUA